AUGACCAUCAUCAUCACCACCACCGUCACCAUUGCCAUCAUCACCACCACCAUCAUCAACAUCACUGUCAUCUACAACAUCGUCAUCACCACCACCAUCGCCAUCAUCAUGAUCAUCACAUUGUUACCGUCCACAUCCCCAUCAUCAUCAUCAUCAUCAUCACCACCACCUGAUUAUUAUCACCACCACUGUGACUUCUUUGUUCCACGCCACAAAGCGCCGGUGCGCGGGGUCAGCAGCCUGAUGAAUGCGCGCCCGGGCGCGGCGGCCCCAUCUCCCCGCCGCUGCGCAGAGCGGCUCCUCCGGCCUCGUUUCCCCGCCCCUGGGGCCCUCCGCCUUCCUUGCCUUCCAGAUGGAGCCUGGGCCUUGAAAGGCCUGCUCACACCCUCAGCAGGCGCGGGGCCACGGGUUCGAAACCCCGCUCCGCCUUAUACGCGCUAUGACGUGUCCCCUUAUUUCAAGACAGAGCCGGUGCGGACUCAGGUGCACCUGGAGGGGAACCGCCUGGUGCUCACUUGCAUGGCCGAGGGCAGCUGGCCGCUGGAGUUCAAGUGGCUCCAUAACAACCGAGAGUUGACCAAGUUCUCCCUGGAGUACAGAUACAUGAUCACCAGCCUGGACCGCACGCACGCCGGCUUUUACCGCUGCAUCGUCCGGAACAGGAUGGGCGCCCUGCUGCAGCGGCAGACUGAGGUCCAGGUGGCCUACAUGGGGAGCUUUGAGGAGGGCGAGAAGCACCAGAGUGUGUCCCACGGAGAAGCCGCUGUCAUCCGCGCCCCACGCAUCUCCAGCUUCCCUCAGCCCCAGGUGACCUGGUUCCGGGACGGCCGCAAGAUCCCUCCCAGCAGCCGCAUAGCCAUCACUCUGGAGAACACCCUUGUCAUCCUGUCCACCGUGGCUCCCGACGCGGGCCGCUACUACGUGCAGGCUGUUAAUGACAAGAACGGGGAUAACAAGACCAGCCAGCCUGUCACUCUCGCUGUAGAGAAUGUAGGGGGGCCUGCAGACCCCAUCGCCCCCACCAUCAUCAUCCCUCCCAAGAACACCAGCGUGGUGGCCGGGACCUCAGAGGUCACCCUGGAAUGUGUGGCCAAUGCCAGACCCCUCAUCAAGCUGCACAUCAUCUGGAAGAAGGACGGGCUGUUGCUGUCGGGGGGCAUCAGUGACUUCAGCCGCCGCCUCACCAUCGCCAACCCCACGGGCGCCGACGCCGGCUACUACGAGUGCGAGGCCAUGCUGAGAAGCAGUAGCGUCCCCUCCGUCAUCCGGGGGGCCUACCUGUCCGUGCUAGAACCACCUCAGUUCGUCAAGGAGCCUGAGAGACACAUCACAGCGGAGAUGGAGAAAGUGGUGGACAUCCCCUGCCGGGCCAAAGGUGUGCCUCCGCCCUCCAUCACCUGGUACAAGGAUGCGGCCGUGGUCCAGGUGGAGAAGCUGGCCCGCUUCCGGCAGCGUGGCGAUGGGGGCCUGCAGAUCAGUGGCCUGGUGCCCGACGACACUGGCAUGUUCCAGUGUUUUGCCCGCAAUGCAGCCGGCGAGGUGCAGACCUCCACGUACCUGGCUGUCACCAGCAUCGCCCCCAACAUCACCAGGGGCCCUCUGGACAGCACGGUCAUCGACGGCAUGUCUGUGGUGCUGGCCUGCGAGACCUCAGGAGCCCCUCGGCCAGCCAUCACGUGGCAGAAAGGGGAGCGCAUCCUGGCCAGUGGCUCUGUCCAGCUGCCCCGCUUCACACUCCUGGAGUCCGGCAGCCUUCUGGUCAGCCCCACGCACAUCUCUGACGCUGGCACCUACACCUGCUUGGCCACCAACUCCCGGGGGGUGGACGAGGCCUCGGCAGACCUGGUCGUCUGGGCCCGGACCCGAAUCACUAAGCCCCCCCAGGACCAGAGCGUCAUCAAGGGCACCCAGGCCUCCAUGGUGUGUGGAGUGACCCAUGACCCCCGAGUGACCAUCAGGUACGUCUGGGAGAAGGAUGGGGCCACCCUGGCCAUGGAAAACAACCCCCGCAUCCGCGUGGACAGGACCGGUGCUCUGCACAUCUCGCAGACGUGGUCGGGGGACAUUGGCACCUACACCUGCCGAGUGCUGUCUGCUGGGGGCAACGACUCCCGUAGUGCUCACCUGCGGGUCAGGCAGCUGCCCCACGCCCCCGAGCACCCAGUGGCCAUGCUCAGUGCAGUGGAGAAGCGAGCCAUCAACCUGACCUGGGCCAAACCCUUCGACGGCAACAGUCCUCUGAUUCGCUACGUCCUGGAGAUGUCCGAGAACAAUGCCCCCUGGACCGUGCUUCUGGCCAGCGUGGACCCCGAGGCGACCUCAGUAAUGGUUAAGGGCUUGGUUCCUGCACGCUCCUACCAGUUCCGCCUCUGCGCCGUCAACGACGUGGGGAAGGGCCAGUUCAGCAGGGACACGGAGAGGGUGUCCCUCCCCGAGGAGCCUCCCACAGCCCCUCCGCAGAACGUCAUUGCCAGCGGCCGGACCAACCAGUCCAUCAUGAUCCAGUGGCAGCCUCCUCCAGAGAGCCACCAGAACGGUCUUCUGAAGGGUUACAUCAUCAGGUACUGCCUGGCUGGGCUGCCCGUUGGAUACCAGUUCAAGAACAUCACAGAUGCCGAUGUCAACAACUUGCUGCUGGAGGACCUUAUCAUCUGGACCAACUAUGAGAUCGAGGUGGCCGCCUACAACAGCGCUGGCCUGGGCGUCUACAGCAGCAAAGUCACUGAGUGGACGCUGCAGGGAGUGCCCACCGUCCCUCCCGGCAAUGUGCACGCAGAAGCCACCAACUCCACAGCCAUCCGCUUCACCUGGAACGCCCCCAGCCCUCAGUUCAUCAAUGGCAUUAACCAGGGCUACAAGCUCAUCGCCUGGGAGCCGGAGCAGGAAGAGGAGGUCACCAUGGUGACCGCCCGGCCCAACUUUCAAGACAGCAUCCACGUGGGCUUCGUGUCCGGCCUAAAGAAGUUCACUGAGUACUUCACCUCGGUGCUGUGUUUUACCACCCCUGGAGAUGGGCCCCGCAGCACCCCCCAGCUGGUGCGCACCCACGAAGAUGUGCCUGGACCUGUGGGACACCUGAGCUUCAAUGAGAUCCUGGACACGUCGCUGAAGGUCAGCUGGCAAGAGCCGGGGGAGAAGAACGGUGUCCUCACAGGGUACCGGAUCUCCUGGGAAGAGUAUAAUCGGACCAACACCCGCGUGACCCACUACCUGCCUAACGUGACCCUGGAGUACCGGGUCACGGGUCUCACCGCUCUCACCACCUACACCAUCGAGGUGGCGGCCAUGACCUCGAAGGGCCAGGGCCAGGUGUCUGCCUCCACCAUCUCCUCUGGGGUGCCUCCAGAACUCCCAGGGGCUCCCACCAACCUGGGCAUUUCUAACAUCGGCCCCCGCUCCGUGACGCUGCAGUUCCGACCUGGUUAUGACGGGAAAACCUCCAUCUCCCGCUGGCUGGUGGAGGCCCAGGUGGGCGUCGUCGGGGACGGAGAAGAGUGGCUGCUGAUUCACCAGCUCCUCAAUGAGCCCGACGCCCGCUCCAUGCAGGUGCCCGAACUCAACCCCUUCACUUACUACAGCUUCCGCAUGCGCCAGGUGAACAUCGUGGGCACCAGCCCACCCAGCCAGCCUUCUAGAAAGAUCCAGACCCUCCAGGCGCCCCCCGACAUGGCCCCGGCCAACGUGACCCUGCGCACGGCCAGCGAGACCAGCCUGUGGCUGCGCUGGAUGCCCCUCCCAGAGAUGGAGUACAACGGGAACCCCGAGUCGGUGGGCUACAAGGUCAAGUACAGCCGGCUGGACGGCCGCGGGAAGACGCUGAGUCAUGUGAUCCACGACCGUGUGGAGCGAGAGUACACCAUCGAGGACCUGGAGGAGUGGACGGAAUACCGCGUCCAGGUGCAGGCCUUCAACGCCAUUGGCAGCGGACCCUGGAGCCAGACGGUGGUGGGCCGGACUCGGGAGUCAGUCCCGUCCGCAGGCCCCACCAACGUGUCGGCGCUGGCCACCACCUCAAGCAGCAUGCUGGUGCGCUGGAGCGAGAUCCCCGAGGCUGACCGCAAUGGGCUGGUGCUGGGCUACAAGGUCAUAUACAAGGAGAAGGACUCGGACGCCCAACGCCGCUUCUGGCUGGUGGAAGGGAACUCUUCACGCAGCGUGCAGCUCACGGGCCUGGGCAAAUACGUGCUCUACGAGGUCCAGGUGCUGGCCUUCACGCGCAUCGGCGAUGGCAGCCCCAGCCACCCACCCAUCCUGGAGCGGACACUGGAUGAUGUGCCCGGGCCGCCCAUGGGCAUCCUGUUCCCGGAGGUGAGGACCACAUCAGUGCGGCUCAUCUGGCAGCCCCCCGCCGCCCCCAAUGGCAUCAUUCUCGCUUACCAGAUCACACACCGGCUCAACGCCACCACAGCCAGCGCCGCCUCCGUGGAGGUCCUGGCCCCCAGCGCCCGCCAGUACACGGCCACUGGCCUCAAGCCCGAGGCCGUCUACCUGUUUCGCAUCACGGCCCAGACCCGCAAGGGCUGGGGAGAGGCAGCUGAAGCUUUGGUGGUGACCACGGAGAAGAGAGACCGCCCGCAGCCUCCCAGCAAGCCGGUGGUCCAGCAGGAGGACGUGAAGGCGCGCAGCGUGCUGCUGUCCUGGGAGCCGGGCAGCGACGGGCUGUCCCCUGUCCGCUACUACACCGUGCAGAUGCGCGAGCUGCCCAGCGGCCGGUGGGCGUUGCACUCGGCCUCCGUCAACCACAACGCCUCCUCCUUCGUCGUGGACAAGCUCAAGCCCUUCACAUCCUACAAGUUCCGGGUGAAAGCAACCAAUGACAUUGGGGACAGUGAGUUCAGUGAGGAAUCGGAAUCGCUGACCACACUUCAGGCAGCCCCUGACGAAGCUCCCACCAUCCUCUCUGUGACACCUCACACCACCACGUCCGUGCUGAUCCGCUGGCAGCCGCCCUCGGAGGACAGGAUCAAUGGCAUCCUCCUGGGCUUCCGGAUCCGGUACCGCGAGCUGAUCUAUGACGGGCUGAGAGGCUUCACGUUGCGCGGGAUCCACAACCCGGGCGCCAAGUGGGCGGAGCUCACCUCCAUGUACGCUACAAGGAACCUGAGCCGGCCCAGCCUCACACAGUACGAGCUGGACAAUCUGAACAAGCACAAGCGUUAUGAAAUCCGCAUGAGUGUGUACAACGCUGUGGGCGAGGGGCCCUCCAGCCCACCCCAGGAGGUCUUCGUUGGAGAGGCAGUGCCGACUGCUGCACCCCUCAACGUUGCCGUCCACGGCGCCACAGCCACGCAGCUGGAUGUGACCUGGGAGCCGCCCCCACUGGAGAGCCAGAACGGAGACAUCCAGGGUUACAAGAUUUAUUUCUGGGAAGCCCAGCGGCGGAACCUCACGGAGCGAGUGAAGACACUCUUCUUGGCUGAGAACAGCGUGAAGCUCAAGAAUCUAACCGGCUACACGGUCUACAUGGUCAGCGUGGCAGCCUUCAACGCUGCGGGGGACGGGCCACGGAGCACCCCGACGCGGGGCCAGACCCAGCAAGCAGCCCCCAGCGCGCCUGGCUCUGUCAAGUUCAGCGAGCUGACCACCACCUCGGUGAAUGUGUCCUGGGAGGCCCCCAAGUUUCCCAACGGCAUCCUGGAAGGCUACAGACUGGUGUAUGAGCCCUGCACGCCCGUGGACGGGGUCAGCAAGAUCGUGACUGUGGACGUGAAGGGGAACAGCCCCCUGUGGCUGAAGGUGAAGGACCUCUCCGAGGGGAUGACCUACAGGUUCCGCAUCAGAGCCAAGACCUUCACUUACGGACCAGAGAUUGAAGCCAAUGUCACCACAGGCCCUGGAGAAGGUGCCCCGGGACCGCCUGGCAUACCCAUCAUCAUCCGGUACAGCUCAGCCAUUGCCAUCCACUGGUCCAGCGGAGACCCUGGCAAGGGGCCCAUCACCCGCUACGUCCUAGAGGCCAGGCCUUCAGAUGAGGGACUCUGGGACAUCCUCAUCAAGGACAUCCCCAAGGAGGUGACCUCCUACACGUUCAGCAUGGACAUCCUGAAGCCAGGUGUGAGCUACGACUUCCGGGUCAUCGCCGUCAAUGACUACGGUUUCGGCACCCCCAGCAGCCCCUCCCAGUCUGUCCCAGCCCAGAAAGCCAACCCCUUCUACGAGGAGUGGUGGUUCCUGGUGGUCAUCGCCCUGGUCGGCCUCAUCUUCAUCCUGCUCCUGGUUUUUGUACUCAUCAUCCGAGGCCAGAGCAAGAAGUACGCCAAGAAGACGGACUCAGGAAAUAAUGCCAAGUCCGGUGCACUAGGCCACGGCGAGAUGCUGAGCUUGGAUGAAAGCAGCUUCCCGGCCCUGGAACUCAACAACCGCAGGCUGUCGGUGAAGAACUCCUUCUGCAGGAAGAACGGCCUUUACACCAGGUCCCCUCCCCGGCCUAGCCCGGGCAGCCUCCACUACUCGGACGAGGACGUCACCAAGUACAAUGACCUCAUCCCGGCCGAGAGCAGCAGCCUGACAGAGAAGCCUUCGGAGGUCUCCGACUCUCAGGGAAGCGACAGCGAGUACGAGGUGGACGCGAGCCAUCAGAAGACCCACUCUUUCGUCAACCACUACAUCAGCGACCCCACGUACUACAAUUCAUGGCGCAGGCAGCAGAAGGGCAUCUCCAGGGCCCAGGCGUACAGCUACACAGAGAGCGACUCGGGCGAGCCGGACCACGCCACCCUCAGCAACAGCACCAGCACUCAGCAGGGCAGCCUCUUCCGGCCCAAGGCCAGUCGGACUCCAACGCCUCAGAACCCCCCAAACCCUCCCAGUCAGCAGAGCACCAUCUACCGGCCCCCCAGCAGCCUGGCCCCUGGCUCCCGGGCACCAAUAGCGGGAUUCUCCUCCUUCGUGUGA